GAUGAAUGUUGAGCAUCGAUUGCACCAUCUUCUUCAUUGGCUAAAUACUGAAAUUAAUACUAUAGCUAGCAUUAAGUUUGCAGUAAACGAGAGAUGACCGCCCCCCAACCACCAUCCAUGGCUGCCCCCCCAGCACCAUCCAUGGUUUCUCGAAUGACCGCUCUAUUUUUGAGGGUCCUCACUUUUGCUUUCCUUAUGGUAUCACUUGUCAUCAUGACCACCAAUACUGGCACCAUUGAAAUAGGCAUCGACGAGUUUAAAGUCCGCUCCAAGGAUUUUUAUUCUUAUCGAUACAUGCUGGCGGCAAUUGCGUUUGGAUUAGCGUACACAAUUUUGCAAAUUGUUCUCACUUUAAACCAUAUUUCCAAAAGGAACGGCGCCCAGACAAGUGGUGACGGCAACCUUGUGUUUGAUUUCUAUGGUGAUAAGGUUGUAUCAUACAUACUAGCCACGGGUGCUGCUGCGGCAUUUGGAGCGACAAAAGAAUUGAAGACGCAAUUGGCAGGGCUAGGAGGUGAUAAGUUUUUCAACAAAGGUUAUGCAUCCGCUAGUCUCCUCCUCCUCGGAUUUGUGUGCACGGCUAUAUUAUCCGUUUUCUCAUCAUACGCACUCCCAAAGAAAGUUUAAUUGUAUCAGCGCCUAGAUUCGUGUUUAUAGUGUGUUUUGAUUUUCCGUUCAAGUCCUCAGAAAUCAUCGUUCGCGUUCUCGUUUGGAAUUUGUUUAUCAACAAUGUAAUAUAUGUUGUCCUCGUUUCCUUCUGGCUAAUUUAAAGUAUGUAGUUUCGGGGGCGAGAGUCUCACUUUAUUAAACAGUUUACUGAAUCAAUGUUAUGUUAA